CCGAACUCCGCUUCGAAGGUAGGGAACACGAUUUACGUACAUCUCAGCCUGCAUCCGCACCUGGACGUAUAUAACACUCAGCAAGUCGGUUGUUGUCGUGAACAGUCCAAUUCAUUUCACACAUUCUCCAAAUCCAUCCCCUCAGCGGUUACAGGCGAGCCAAGGCCACCUAUCAAAAUGUCUUGUCCAGACUGCUUUUCCGGCACCGAACACAGUGGCACCCCGAGGGGCAAGGUGGUCAAGCUGCACGGCUUGGAUACCUACGUGACCGAGCCGCCGGAGGGCAGGCCCGCCAAGGGUAUCAUCGUCUAUAUUCCUGAUGCCUUCGGCAUCGACUUCAUCAAUAACAAGAUCCUGGCCGACAUCUACGCCGCCAAGGGAGACUACAAGGUCUAUCUGCCAGACUUUAUGCUCGGCCACUCGUGUCCAACCUGGCUCCUGGCCAACAUGGACGGCAUCGGCAAGCACGGCAGCUACCUCUCCAUGCCUUACCACAUCUUCUGGACCAUGUGGGGGAUCAUCCCGUGGAUGCUCCGCAACCGCCCCGGCAAGAGCUUCCCCAUCGUCAAGAAGUUCUUCGAGGACCUGCGCAGGGAGACGGGGCCGGCAACACCCGUCGGGGCGGCGGGGUUCUGCUGGGGCGGGAAGCACGUCGUCCUCCUCGCCGACGCGCAGCACAAGACCGACGACGGGAGGCCCUUGUACGACGCGGGGUUCACCGGCCAUCCGAGCUUUCUCGAGGUGCCCAAGGAUCUCGAGAGGAUCGCCGUGCCUAUUUCGUUCGCGGUCCCGGAAUAUGAUAACCAGCUGAAAGUCCCGCGUGAUACUGAUGUGCUCAGUCGGAUCAUGGAGGGGAGACCCGAGGCUACCAAGGGAGAGGUCAAGGUGUAUGAGAAGGUCGGCCAUGGAUUCUGUGUGAGGGCUGACAUGAAGGUUGACGAUGUGGCUAAGUCGGCUGCAGAGGCGGAGGAUCAGGCUAUUGCAUGGUUCAACGCUAAGCUGGGUAAGGCUCUAUGAGGUCUGGUGUGCGGUACGAGGCUGAGCCACGUGCCCACGUACUUUAUUCUCUUUCUACUGUUAUUGGCACCGUAUUUCUUUAAACGCUGGGUCUUGAGUGCUUACCACAGUAUGAAGGCGCCAUGUAUGUCCUCGGACGUAUACGGAAUAGAAGCGAAACCACAUAUGGCUAUCAAU